UGCCUGAACUGGUGUGUGUGUGUGUGUGUAUGAGGGGGGAAAGCUUAUUACACCCAGCCUGGACAGCAACAGGACAGCAAACCACUGUUUCUGCUUAUUUGGGUAGGUCUUCUGUUGUAACUGCUGCUCAGUGUGGAGGCCCUCUAUGCAGCUCAAGGUCAGGAAGAUCCAGCAGCAGCCUCUGGGAACAGUCCCAUCUGGAUACUGGGACCCGCAGAGGCAGGUUGGCAUAAGUUUCCAUGACACUAUGCAGGGCUAUAGGACUCUGAAGAGGAUGUGAGGCCUGGACUGCUGUCAAUACCUCCCACGACAGCGUCUGCUCCCCCCAGCCUGAUCCUGUGCCGAAGGCGAAGGGAAUGGGCCCGGCCUCACUGCAGGAGGAGAGAGAGCCGGAGAAAGAGUCCAAGAGGGAGAUGGAGGGCUACCGCUGCCUUCUGCAGGCUGGCUCCGAGCUGGAGAGCAUUCUGCAGCAAGUGACUGUCCCUGUGAGCUUAAAGGAGGUGGGAGGCUACAUAGAGAAACAGGUGGCAUAUCUGUCAGGGGGCCGUGGGGAAGACUCCAGUGUCAUCAUCACCCUCCCAGAGUGCUCGGCUUUCAGCGACAUUCCAGAGGAAGCUUUAGCCAAAGUCUUUACAUACCUCACUCUCAUCCCUCGAACGAGGCAACCCGGAGUAAAAUUUAUCAUCAUAUUAGACCGAAGGCUGGAUACAUGGGCCUCUAUCAAAACUGCACUUGCCAGGAUUGCAGCCUCCUUCCCUGGGAACCUCCACCUGGUCUUGGUGCUCCGACCCACCAGCUUCUUCCACCGCACUGUUACUGAUAUAGGCUUUCGCUUCAGCCAAGAGGACUUCAUGCUCAAGAUGCCAGUGGUGAUGCUGAGCUCUGUCACAGACCUGCUGCGCUACAUUGAUGAGAACCAGCUGACUUCAGAGUUUGGAGGCACUUUGGACUAUUGUCACAGCGACUGGAUUGUUUUAAGAACAGCUAUUGAAAGUUUUGCUGUCACAGUCAAAGACAUUGCACAGAUGCUACAGGGCUUUGGCACCGAGCUGGCAGAGACGGAGCUGACUGAUGAGGGGAAGGCCAUCGAGCAUCUCCUUGAGUCUCACACUGACAAGUACAGGAAACUCAAGGAUGCAAUCAGGUCUGUGUCAAAGGAAGGUCGUCAUCUUCUCGCAAGCCUGGAGACCUCCGGAAAGGAGGACGACUCCCAGUGGGAUGUGAGGCUGGACUGGGAGACGGUACAGAGGCUUCUUGCUCAGCUCAGAGACAUGGAGUCAGCCUUCGAUGGCUUCUUUGAGAAGCAUCAUCUGAAGUUACAUCAGUACCUGCAGCUGCUCAGAUAUGAACAAAGCUUCCAGGAGAUGGAGUUGUGUCUGGAGCAUCUGACGGCUCAGGAGAGGGAGCUGUCUGUAUCUGUUGACACUCUGUCUCAAACGGAACAGGCUCUCAAGAGGUUGGACGGUCUGGAAUCAAAUGCACAGGAGGUGAUGUCUCGAGCUCAGAUCAUCAUCCUUCACGGUCACCAGCUCUCUGCCGGUCACCACUACGCCAUGGCUCUUAUUAUGCAGCGUUGCAACGAGCUUCGCCACUACUGUGAUACACUCAAUGCUGCUCUCAAGACCAAACACACCCGUCUUCUGCAAACACACCAGCUGCUGCUUUGUCUCGGACAGGCCCAAACGUGGUGUGAUGAUGGAGCGUAUCUGCUGGCCAAUCAGCUGGUAGAUAAGUACCAGUCCAAGGAGGGGGCCCAGGCUGCUCUGAGGGACAUUGACAGGUUCCUGGAGGGGGCGCCGUCUGUGCUGAGCUCAGGGCCCGACAUCGUGGCCAUCGAGUACGAGGCUGUCGUCACGCCUCAGCUGCAGGCCCAGAUAGGGAAAACGUUUGAUAAGCAUGUAGCAGUGCAGCAGAUGAUCCAGAGCCGACAGACUUCUCUACGGAAGCUGGCUGAUAAACAUGUGAGACCGAUCCAACUGGUGGCCCCCAGGCCUGAAAACCCACCUCGCUCCAAGUCCCCACUCUUCUCCCCGAAACAUGGUGAUGGUUUGAAGUUCACAUUCGACAUCUCUCUGCCCGGGAAGAGAGCCUCCCGAAAGAGCCCCAACCAGAGAAAAAUAGAGGUGAUCCACGACUACCAGGAGAGCCGGAGCUGCGUGUCCUACAGUCUGGAUGGGGAGGACAGCCCAGAUCUCUUGAAGCGGCAUGUGAUGAGGGAACUCAUAGAAACAGAGAGAAUAUAUGUGGAAGAGCUGCUGUCAGUUCUGCUGGGUUACAGGGCUGAGAUGGAUAACUCGGCUCUGUCAGGGCUCCUGCCUCCCAUCCUGCGGAGCAAGAGAGACAUCCUCUUUGGAAACAUGCCUGAGAUCUACAAUUUUCACAGCAGGGUUUUUCUCCAGGACCUGGAAGGAUGCCUGGAGGCUCCUGAAAGUGUGGGAGCUUGUUUUCUGGAGCGGAAAGAGAGUUUCCAAAUGUAUGAAUGCUACUGUCAGAAUAAGCCGCGCUCCGAGGCGCUAUGGAGACAAUUCUCUGACUGCAGCUUCUUUCAGGAGUGUCAAAAAAAGCUGGAGCACAAACUGGGUUUGGAUUCAUACCUGUUAAAACCAGUCCAACGCCUCACCAAAUACCAGCUGCUGCUUAAGGAGCUUCUGAAAUACAGUACAGAUUGCGAGGGGACUUCAGAACUGCAGGGGGCGCUAGCAGCAAUGCUGGACCUGCUCAAAUCAGUCAAUGACUCCAUGCAUCAGAUCGCCAUCACAGGAUACGAGGGAGACAUUUUUGAACUGGGCCGCGUGUUGAUGCAGGGAUCCUUCAGCGUGUGGAUCAGCCAUAAAAAGGGCCCCACACGCAUGAAGGAGAUGGCUCGCUUCAAGCCGAUGCAGAGGCACCUCUUCUUGUAUGAGAGAGCUUUGCUCUUCUGCAAGCGCAGGGAGGAGCACGGAGACGGCUGCGACAAGACCCCCUCGUACAGCUUCAAGCACUGUCUCAAGAUGACUGCUGUGGGGAUCACAGAGAACGUCAAGGGAGAUGUGAAGAAGUUUGAGAUCUGGUACAGUGGCAGGGAGGAAGUGUAUGUGGUUCAGGCUCCGACACUGGAGGUGAAGAUGGCCUGGCUCAAUGAGCUACGGAGAAUCCUGACCAACCAGCAGAAGCUGCUUAGAGAUGAAGCAUAUCAACAUGGCCAAAUGGUUGGACACAUGCAGCUCUCCCCUCCACUCUCUGAGAGCAAGCAGCAGAGGGCGUCAGUGAGCUCAGAGGACACAGAGUCGGGGAGGAGCAGUCCAGACCCCCAGCCUCACUCCCCUAGACACCAGCACAACCGCAGGAGUUGGCCCGGAGCUCACCACUCGGUAGACAUCUGCGAGGGUCUGGAGGAGUGGUCUGGAGGUCGGGACGCUUUCCACCCAUCUGACACAGAGGAGGAGUUUAUGGUGCAGCUGUCUCCAGGACGAUACAGGGCUUUGGCUGACUGUCUUCAAAAUGGGCCAGACAGCAUCACUAUCAAAUGUGGAGACGUCAUCCAACUGCAGUGUGAAGACAACAAGGGACGCUGGCUGGUGAAAAACCUGUGUCGGCGACAGGAGGGCUUCAUAGCAGCAGCCAGCCUGCAGCUGAUUCUUCUAGACAGCAGUCAAGGACACUCCUCCAGACUCGGGGACCCUGGGAACCUGAAGGUGAGGAAGCUCAGCUCCCCGUAGAGAAGAAAGCACAGAAUCUAAUAUUUACGUGUGGAUGAUGAGCGGACAGAAGGAACAGGUUGAGCCAUAGCUGUCUCAUAACUGACCAGCCACCCACUCCUCGCUCCCCGGUGAUGUCUUCUUUCUCUUGCACAGUUCAAUCAUUAAAAGGACAAAUAUGGGAAUCUGGAGACUGGAUUUUUCUCUCAAAAUGACUGACAAUCCACUGGGUUGGUGUUUUCUGACGGUGAAGUUGGGCUGUGGCACCAGCGCAAAGGCUCAGGAACUGUUUAGCUCUCUUGGACAAUCAGCAGCUGAUUAGGACCCGGAUUGUUUUUUUGUUUUCUUCCUUUUUUUUAAUCGGUAAGGAGGAUCUUCCAUCUGUAAUAAUUAUAACGUCAGGAUGUGAUGUCGCUGCUGCAGCAGUUGGUCAUUUCCCAAUCUGUGGACUGUGAAGCAUUUUUCAACCCUCCCUCAUUCCAGCUAGUAUUCCAGAUUCAAGUAUCUCCGAGUGUGUUUGUCUCCGUGUGUGCUGGAUGGAUGGUAGCCCAGGACUUGCCUGAAACAUUUCUUAAAGCAGAGACUUUUGUACAUAUACGGUAUCAUUUUUAACACAUAUUGGACCUCAGCAUUUCAUCUUUGUGUAGUUAGUUGUCCAUUGAAUUACAUCAUUGUAUUUUUCUUACAUUUCAUUCCUUAAAGGCACUGUAAAGUCUAUGAAUGCCAAAAUGUGCCAUGCCAUAAUGCCUUUUUUAUUCCUGCUCUUUUGGAGUCUCCUGUACUGUUUGCAAAAUCAAACACUCUGUUAUUGCUUUAACCUGACCUCACAAAUAUUCAACAGGCACUUUAAUAAGGUGGACAAAAAAAAUCCACCUACUGUCUACUGAAUGAGUGCUUUUCUUGCCGCUUUACCUCUCACUGUGUAUUUGCUCUUAUUCAUGCUGUUAUUUCCUUUGUUUAUUCUUGAAUGUAUGAUGUGUUAGAGAUGCGGGGGGAGAUAUACCCCCUGCAUGCAGACAGCAGUCGACAUGUCAGUGGUGGUAAUGUAAGACACGAGCGGACAUGAUGGAGAUGGAUGGCAGCGUAUUCCUGUGUGUGCUGCAGAGCACGACGUAGAGAAGGUAGAGCGAGGCAGAGUAGAAAACAGAGAGAGAGGGAGAUGAUGCUCCAUGUAGCUCUUCAUCACGGAGGCAGAUUGUUUCCUCCUCAGCAUUACAGCUCAGUUAAUCUUGGGUUCCCCAUUAAAAGGGAUCAUACAGCCAACAUGAAAUAUACCCUCUGUGUCGAACGCUUAAUUAAAUAUUGAUUGCAGACUUAUAUGAAUUUACCACAUCAAAUCGAGGCCUCAGUCGGAGGGCUGCCUUUGAUUCGCUGUGUUUGAUAUGGAAAUGAGUCUAGAAAGCAGCAGGGGCUGAUCCGCACUACACAUUUCCUAUGUUGUUAAUUUAUUUAUUUUGCUGUCAUGUUGUUCCUUCAUAUUGUGAGGUAUCUGUGCAGCUCUGAAUUAAAUAACAUCUCCAUAUAGUUACAGGAGCAACGUUUGUCUGCACAUAAAAUAAACAUUUUAAUUCCUUUUUAGCUUAUAUGACAAAAAACUUUUUUUUUUUUAAUGUAACUGUAAUCCAAAAUGCUGCAGAUUUUGCACAGAUUUUCCAGGUUGGAAAACAAAAAGAAAAACCUGCUUGAAAUUUUUCAGUAUCCUGAUGAGCCAAGUAGCCUGAGUGAGCUUGUUGCUGAAUGUUUCUUUGAGAUGAAAAUGCAUGGCAACUGAACAAUAAGCAGGUUUGUAUUGUUAGACGGUCACUGUUCUAAACUGGCUUGUUUUUGUACAGCUUCAGUUCUGUAAAAAAUAAACUAUUUAUUGCAAUAAUUGUUUUGGUAAUUGAAAUAAUACAAGACUUGUUUUAACAUGGUGAAAUGUUUGUCUAAAAAACUAAGGCUGCUUUUUUUUUUUUUUUUUUUUACAUGUACCCUGAUUUAUUUCAUUAUUUCUGUAUUUUGGUUUUAAUGAAAGCCAACUUUGGAAAUAAAGUUGUGCAGACUUUUCUCUUUUUGUCUAAUAUUAUCUGAAGCUUGGAUCCUUUUUGUUCCUCUGCUACUGAAUACUGAAUACCACCUCUUGUAAAACAUUUAUUUACCAGCAGAUGGGAGUGAUGUCAUUGUAAACAGUCAGUGCAUUGUAGGUAUGACAUGAAUUUAAUGUUAUGCAUUUCAAUAAUCAAUCCAUGAAAGUGAAUUCAAAACAUUUUAUACAUACU